AUGCCCAGCAGCCGAUCAUCCCGAGGGAGACGGGGCACCAGCAGCAGCCCAGCCACCCCAGAACCUUCCACCUACGAAGAAAUCAUGGGAAUUGUGGCAGAAGGAGAAAGGUCUUCUGGAGGUGCGGAUGCCCUGUCGUCUCGAUUGAUUUCCUUUCGCAAAUGGGUUGUGGAGGAUGCCAAGAUGACAGUUCAUCCUUCCGUCUGCAUUGUCAAUGGUGAGGCCACGGAUGGGACCAAAAAUGCUCCUGUCCUCUUGUUUGGUCCUCCACCUGGCUUGGAACCAGUAGUACGGAGUUCCGGAGAAGGACGCGUGGGGGGAGUGGACGGUGAAGCCGAUCGAGCCUUGUAUGAACGGACGAUUGGGUGUCAGGUCCGAACGGCAAAACUCAUCAACGAGCAAGAGGUCAUGAUGACUUGUCCGAGAAUGGCCAUGAUUACGCCAGAUGUUGUGGCAGCGAGUGAUGCGGGGAGGGCCAUUUUGGGAUGCUGUAAACCAUUAGUAAAGCAGCAAGGGGACAAUGAUGAUAUGGAGGGUUCAGGGAAUGCUAAUUUUUGGGACGUCUUUGAAAAUACCACCGUGUGCGAGGACAAGUUUGCGCAAAAGGUGGCACGGAGUGCGGGACCGCAAUUGGUGAUCAAGAUAUUGCAGGAACGGAAACGAGCGGAAAGCGUCUUUCUAAAGGCACAAAGAGAUAGCAACGGUGGUGAUGGAGAAAAUAAUGGUGACACAAAAGAGCACAAACUGAUUGAGCCCGGAGUCCUAUCCACGCGAGCACCGUUGUUGGCCUUUCUCAUUCACCAGCGGUUUUCAUCGCGAUUGAACCCACCUGUGUUUUCGGAGAAUCAAAAGGAUUUCGAGGCCAUUGCGGAAGAGACGGCGCUGAAACGGGCGACACCAGUCAGUAGACCAGAAGAUGCACCAGGUUCCUUUGCUCCUUAUGCUCGAACACUUCCAUCCUCCGUAUCAUUACCGAUCUGCUGGAAACGAAACGAACUGGCGCUGUUAUCGGGAUGCAUCACAGGGAUUCCACCGCUUCAGGAAGUAACGUCCACUACGCUUCAGUUGGCGGCAGAGUUUGUGGCGCUGAUCGAGGCAGGAGUCUUGGAAAAAUUUCCCUCCAUUUUCCCACCCGGUCUUAUUACUUGGGAACGCUGGGUUUGGGCGGCAGCGGUCUACACGUCUCGUGCGCUGCCAGUGUCUUGCUAUCUGAAUGAAGGGGAAGUGAAUGCAGUUGCACACAAACCUGAAAAUGAGAGUGACAUGCAAUCACCACGGGAAACAUGGGAUGAGUUGGGUGUCAUGAUACCACUCUUGGAUAUGCUGAAUCACGAAGUGGAUUCGCAUGCGGUCACCUGGCAACAACAGGUGAGCGAGGGAUCCAGCGUGACCGAUGAUGGUGAGAAUGCAAAUACUACCAGCGAGCCGCACCCUCCAAGGGUUGUGAUGAACAAAAAGGUCCGCAAAGGUCAACAAAUCUAUACCAACUAUGGGGCAGACAAAAGCAAUCAAAUAUUGAUAUUGCAAUAUGGAUUUGCCUUGCUUGCAAAUACAUCUGAUGAGGCCCGCUUGGGGUGGGGCUUGAUGGAUGCGAUUGGAAAGGUCGCUGGACCUGCUGACUACAAGCCCCUCAUUGAGAUUGUGAACAAAGACGAAGCUUAUCAGGUCUUUGAGUCCCUGGAAUCACAGGCGGUCAAUGAAUGGUGGUCUGACGAGCGACUGAAACUACUGGAAAGCGAAGCAUUUUCAGCUGUGGGAGAUUCCUUCAUGUCAUCGCUUAAGCUGGGAAAGAAAAUGACGGGGACAGCCUACGGGGAUGGGACUUAUGAUCCAACUUUGUUGACGGCAGCACUCAUUGGGACCAUGCCAACACCCGAACUCAAAGUACACAUGGCCAAAUUGAAACAGCUGCAGGCUUCUGGUGAGACGAUGCGUGUUCCUGUGGAGGUGACCCAGCGGCACCAACGGGUAUUGCGCAGCUAUUUGCUCUUUGUGUUCACACGCAAGCUGGAAAAGCUGCUAGAAAAUUUGUUCAAUGGACUCAAGGGGCACUUUGGAACCUUCCAACUUUGGACCAAGGCUUCCAAGGGUGGAAUUCGGUACCAAAACGAAGAAAACGCGGGGGUGGAUGGUGGUAACAUGAUUGGAUGGCAACAAUUCUUUGAUGAGAAUGCAUAUGCAGCAACUAUGGAAGUGGAGAAGCGGUACUAUGCAAUUGGUCCGGAGAGCUGUGUACUAACCUUUUACGAUGGACAACUGCAAGCCUUGCAAAAUUCUAUCGAUGGUGUCGCUAGUGCUGAAAAGUUUGAAAACUCUGUGCUGAAGCAACUGGCUGACUUAGACUUUGUCAUUGUGAAGAGUGAUGAUCCUAUUCCCGAUGUGGAAGCCGCAGCAGAAUCACAAAAGAUGGACGUGGACAAAUCCAACAAAACAAAACAGGGCGAUACGACGACACCCAAUGGUGGGGGGAAAGACGCGGCUGGCAAAAGAGAAAAAGGAGACCAAAAGAAGUCGAAUGAUAAAUCGAACCGACAGCAAAAGGACGACGGGAAGAAGGACGACGGGAAGAAGGACGGAAAAUCACCAUCAAAAUCAUCACGCCGCCGCAAUCGUAGGGGGAAGAACAACGAAGGGAGGGGCGGAAUGGACCGAGCACCGGUUACAAAGCUUCAUAUUGGAAAUUUGGCAUAUUCGACAAAUCCUGCCGAUCUGUACGAGUUCUUCUCCAUGAGAUAUGGUAGAGAAAGCGUCUUGGAGUGCCACAUUCCCACCGAGCGUGAAAGUGGCAAAUCUAGAGGAUUUGGAUUUGUGACGCUUCCAGACAACGUCGCACGUCGCAUUCUGUCUGCCGGGAAAAUGGAACUAGACGGUCGAGUUCUACGGAUCGCAGAAAGUAACUCCACCGGCACGAACAGAGGGAAUGGUAGAUUCCCUCCCGUUCCACCGCCACCACCUCCACCGCCAUUGGCGGGUGAUCGUUGCAGCAAUUGUGGCUAUCGUCCAAAGUAUUGCGAGUGUGCCGCACCAAGUUUUCCGUCACAAAAUCAACCCAACCCGGGACAUAUGGAUGGUUCGUAUGGGCGAGAUUUUGAGUACUUUGGUCCCAGCAACGAACGCAGUCGCAGAGACCGCGGCCGCAGCCGAAGCCGAUCAUCAGGGUAUUAUGGACGGGGACGACGAAGCUCUCGAGAUGAUUACGACAGGCAUUACUCUCGCAGUAGGAGCCGACGGUACUCUCGGAGCAGAUCAAGAAGCUACAGCCGAAGUCCAAGCAGAGAACGUAGUCGAAGCAGACAUCGUCGACGACGUGAUUAUUCUCGAGAUCGAUCUCGCUCUCGCUCUCGCAGUUGGUCAAGGGGUAGAUCACGAUCGCGUAGUUAUUCGAGGGAUAGAUCUCCGGCACGGUCAAGGGACAAGGGGCGGGAUCGGUCAAGAGAUCGAUCCCGUGAUCGGUCUGUGUCACGAGAAAGAUCUAGGGAUAGAUCUGAUCGAUCCCGAGACCGUCGUAGGAGAGGCUACGGGUCUAAACGCAGUCGGAGUGCAAGCCCGACUCACUCUCGCAAAGAUCGCAUGAGCGACGCAGCUAAUGGUGGCGAAGCUCCACAGGACAACAAUAGCGAAGAUGGUAUAGAGCCCAACGAUGCUGUGGAAUCGAGACCUCAAGAUUCUCGACGAAGGCGCAGUCGGAGCCGGGACCGUGGAAGAAACCGAAAGAGAAGAAAAAAGAGUCGCCAUGUCCGCAGUAGAAGCCGCUCUGCUAGCCCUGCCAAAUAA